GUGGCAAAUGGGGGAGGGUGGGGGGAAAAAAGAGCGGAGUGAGUCCUCUUCGCGUUCGCCUUUCUCUGGAGAGCGCGCACGCGGCCGGGAGACUUCCGCGACGGCGCCCGAGAGCGACGCGGCGAGCGCGAGAGCGAGCGCGAGAGCCAGGAGGGGGAUUUCCAGCGCGAGCCCCCACUUCCCCAAAAGAGGCAGCCGUUGUUUUGCUUUCGGUCUCGACACAGAAACAGAAAAAAAAAAGAAGAAAAAAAAAAAAAAAAAAAGAAAAGCGGAGGAAAAGAAAGAACACGCGACUUUUUGUUUUUCUCACUUUGGAAAGGAAGCGACUUGUCCCGACCCGCGCCGCGCUCGUCAUUCCUCCAGCGGGACCGCGGAGCUGCGGGCCGUGCACAGCGAACAGGCCACAAUGCCAGUGGAGAGAAUGAGGAUGCGACCGUGGCUGGAGGAACAAAUAAACUCGUGUCAGAUACCAGGACUCAAAUGGGUUAAUGAGGAAAAGAGAAUCUUCCAGAUUCCAUGGAUGCAUGCUGCGCGCCACGGCUGGGACCUGGAGAAAGACGCUCCGCUCUUCAUGCGAUGGGCCAUACACACAGGUAAAUACCAGCACGGCGUCGACCGUCCGGACCCAAAGACAUGGAAGGCGAAUUUCCGCUGUGCCAUGAACAGUCUGCCAGACAUCGAGGAAGUGAAGGAUAAGAGCAUCAAAAAGGGAACCAAUGCCUUCAGAGUUUAUAAGAUGCUCUCCUCCACUGAGAGAAGCUUGAAGAAAGGAAAGAAGAAGACCGAUAAAGAGGGGAUUCCCAAGGAAAAUAAAGAGGGAGCUUCUCCGUUCCCAGACGGGAUCCUUCUCCAAGCGCACACCGCACCCAUCGAAUAUUUCAAACAGGAAGGAGGAAUCAAGCAGGAAAUCCUAGAGGUCAGGGUGACGGACAGUGCCUCAGCCGUCCACAGUUCAGCCGAGGACCAGCUGAUCACGAGCGAGCAGCUGCCGUACGUCUGUCAGACCGUUGAAGUGACCACUGAGAAUGAAGAGCAGACAGUCAGCUCCUCCCACACGUACCCGCUCCAAAUCUCUCCUGUGUCGUCAUGCGGCAGCGACACAGACAGUGACACAGAAGACACUAAAGAGGGUAUCAGUGCGGUCUGGAGGCGGGACUACAGCACGUCAGUCCUCAGGGUCCCCUCGUGCUCGCUCCCCGGCAUGGCCACGUUUGUCAGUGCCAACAGGCCCAACUUCAGGAUCACCAGCACGCGGGACCCCGCCCCGCUCAUCAGCUACCACAGCGACUGCUGGACGCAGGACUACGCCCAGGACUCUCUCGCGUCCACGGCCGCCAGCCACGUCCAUGAGAUGCGCGCGAGCGUCAUACGGAAAACCUCGGACGUUACCUCCUCCUGACCCCAUACGACCCCAGGGGGGGAGUGUCCUCGCUGCCCCUCGGGGCGUAGGAAUGAAAGAGAAUGUUGUUGUUUUUUCUCCACCAGGGCCACAUGGUGCCUAAAAGGCCAAACUUCCAAAUCUGUGAUUAUUUUUGAUUGCAGGGACUUAACCCCCCCCCCCCCCCCGUUUUUCUUUUAAUUGGAAAAAUGGCAUACAUGGAAUUCUCUCUACGACUCGACUUGCCCGCUUACACUGAAGCCAUUUCUACUUUCUGCAUCUGUGUGGCUUUCAGGGUGUGCUUGAUGUAAAUGUCACCGUCUUACCAUGUCUGUGAGGGUUUUUGCGGACCGUACGUGGAGUGUACACACCAAAAAAAACAUGAAUGCACCCGUAUACGUGGUGUCGUCCACGUUCACGUCUGCUUCGGACGAUAACUUAACCGUUUAGACACCUUAGUCAUCCAUGUGUCUCUGGUAGAUCAUUUCCCCUGCUGUUUUUUGACGACACGUUAGACUGGACCGUGUUCAAAUGACAAAGAGAUUCUGCACUUUAAUGUUAAUUUUUUAAAGACGGAUUUUACAAGGGAAAAGUUCUUAGUAUUUUUUUAAUCGCACGAUAUGUAGGUGCACAGCCUCCCCAGGUUUGAACAUACAUCUUCAUAUUGAUCAAUCUUUUUUUGAUAUUUAAGAUGUAUACAGUCAAUCAAUCUUCUGAAAUAUGGAUAUCCUACCUGAAAUAAUCCCCCGUAGUUCAUCACAGGAAGAUGAUAUUGUACUAAUUUUUGAAUCUGCUUCGUAAAAACAGGUCUCGUUUCAUUUAAAAUUACUUACCAGUAAGUAUUACAACCGAUUACAAAACAACACAGUUUGUUGCCGAACACUGUGUCUCUGUACACUGACCCAUCCAUCAGCAUCCAUGUCUGAAGUUAUUGACAUGGCAUAAAUAAUGAGGAGACUAGAUUUUAGAGCUAAAAUGAGUCACAAUCUCAGAACAGUGUCAGCUCAGCCGUUAGCAUGAAACAUCGGCUACGAUGCUUUCCAGGGACACAUGGCUGGAGCAAAGAUGCCAUAUAAUUCAAGAAUCAAUGCGUGUUCAUAACCAAAGGUUUUGCACCAAAAGCAAAAAAAUGUGACGCAGAUGUAAUCGUCUCCGUCGUGACAAAAACCAGCUCAACCAGCAGCGAGUUAUCUAGAUGUAGAAUAACUCCUGCCUGAAUUAUGCCCCAUGCAAGUUUAUGUAUAUAUAUAUAUGUGUGUGUGUGAGUGUGUGUGUGUGUGUGUGUGUGUGUGUGUGUGUGUGUGUGUGUGUGUGAGAGUGUGAGUGUGUGUAUAUGUGUGUGUGUGUGUGUGUGUGCGCGCACGCACGCGCGUGCGCGUGCGAACGCGAACCUGUCAGUCUGGAAACCUCAGGUAAAGGAACCCGCCAACACACAUGAACGAACUGACAGAGUGAACGACAGACAGACAGACUGUGAACAACGGAUUCAUUUCUUCUCCUUUCUCCUUCUCCUGGUGUGAAUCAUGUACAUAUCUCAUACGUGUGUAUGCCUGCGAGCCGCUUCUGCACCUUAUGGAUAGCACUUGUGUGUGUAUUGGGGGGGGGGGGGGGGGUGUUAUUGAAGGUUUGUGCCUCUUUGUUAGUGUGUGUGUGUGUGUGUGUCUGGAUACGACCUAUGCUUUUGUCUGCUAGCUGUCGGAGGUUUCACUCGUGUGUGGACUGACACUGUGAUCACAGAGGAAUGAAAAAGUGGUUUUAAUAUUCACUAUAUUUACUUGCACACAGAUCGUUGAACAUUUUCUAAAGAAUGUAAGAAAAGAUUACUCCCUUUUGUUAGGCUUCAUUUCAAUUGAAACUCAGUGUGCGAGAGGAAGGAGCAGAGUGCAAAUUGGACGUUAAUUCUGCACAUUUAUACCAUGAUAUGAAAGUGAAUAUUUUGCUAUGACGAUGCUAUUGCUAUCGGGGUUUUUUUCAGUUGUCCGGUCUCCUCAGCAGACUGUAGUGCACCCGUUGUUUCUGCUCAGCACUGUAUCCUCCUCUUCAUUCCUCCUGGGAAAACCCCCCAGCGGCCACAGUGUCGUCUGUAAAUCCCAGAAAAGUCAUUCUUUUCAUCUCAUAAAAUGCAAAUGUAUUUAACUGCAUAAUGCACAGAAUGAGCAGCGAAUUUCUGCUUUGUUAUUUGUCUUUGUUAUUCGUUUCACAUGCCCGUGUAGGAGCACGCCCAGUGGCCUCAGUAUAAUUCAGCAAAAUUGAAUUAACUACAUUAUGAAAUUUUCAUAUUCGGCCUCCUGAGCCGUGGUGAGUGAAUCAGAAGGCUGCUGGUGUGUCAGCAGGUUAAAGCGCAGACUUUGAUUCUCCAGCGGGAACCGCUCCAGACCCCCUGUGGAGUUUUGACACUGGACGCACAUCACUGUCACGGCAAAAAAAAAGAGCUAUUUAAGGUUCUCAUCCAAUCAAAAAGGGGGCUUGGGGCUCCCAGCAAAUGUUUUCUUCUAAUGUGUCUCUAUGUUGUUUGCAACUCGCGUCUUCCCCCUUCUCUGUGGUCACACUUCGUAAUGCUCGGGAGCGCCCGUCAAUCGCCGUCGGAGAUCUUGCGUUGAGACUUUUCACAAUCAUGUAGUUAUGACCAAAUCAGAAGCUUUUCAUUGUCCCAGACCCUUGAAAGGUGUCAGUGUCUUGCCGAGUUUCCAUUAUAGGCCUUUACACGAGUGCGAAUGUGUUUAAUUUAUGGUGUUGUUGUUUUGGGGUUUUUUUUUUUUCAACAUUGAAGCACGAAUUGACUUGAAAAUCUGCACGUUUGUCAUUGGUUGAGAUCCUAUUGUGGUUGUCGGAUGCUCGCGGCGUCCUGCCUCGACAGGCCUGACCAUGGAAUUCUGAAGAGGUUGUCACGGAACAACUCAAGUGCACUUAACGCCUGGAGCCUGUUCCUGUUGUGUCUGUAAAUGGGACGUCACUGCAGCAGGGAAAGUGGCCAGCGAUACUGGUGUGUGUCAUGCGGCCGGCUGACCCGUCUUACCUGCUCUUGUGAGCCACAGCCACUGGAUUUGCUGUUGUGUCAAAAACUGGGGUGUGUCUCGCUCUCGGCGCUUCGCACAUACCACAAAGAACAAUAUCACCAUACAAGUCCUAUGGGGGGGGGAGAUGGAAAAAAGAUUGCUCGGCUAAUUUCAGCGGAGCUUAACCACAUUGUGUCGCCACUGUUUAUCCUGCGUACAUUACGAAAAGCCACAUGUGAAUCGACACGUAAGUCCGAAUAAAGACGUGUUUUUGUAUUUA